CUAGCUACAUAUACAUAUCAUUCGGUCCGUUCCAGCUGGUGUAACAAGCAUAUCGCCGCUCACUGGCACUUUGUUGAACUCACCAACGUCGACCUCACCGAUGCCGCCACUGCCUUCCACGUCUUCAACUUCGUCAUCACCAUCAGCAUCCCCAGCGCUUGUGAAACCUGCCUUGAAGCAUAGCCGUUGGCUGAAUCUCUGUACACACAUGCAUACGCACUCGGCCGCCGCUACUGGCACUUCCACGACCGGCACACCUACCUGCACAACGCCAGGAACCGUGCAUACUAUCAUCGCCGGUCAAAGAGGUCUCACAUUCACUCCUUCGCGCUCACCAUCAAGCAAGGCUGCUCUUGCCUGCUUGCUUAACUUUCCAGCUGACCCAGCCGACAACCACCAGCGCCGGGGAGUCCAUAAUGAAGGACUCCCUCACCCAAACAGGGUUCCAAUGCAACUGGGCGGACCGGGCAAAGAGGGGUCUCGAGCCCCGUUUUGCGUAUAUAUAUGGGCGCACUGGCGAACUACGGCGGGUUCUCAAUGGGACGAAACAAGUUACCAUGGUUGGGAAUUGUACAUAGGGGUCGUUCGAGGAUGCCAUUGUGCGGAGGUAAUAGGGGUCACCAUACGCCAACGGUACGCGGAGCGGCGGAGGAGAUGCGCCGGGCCUGCUGGCCGUGAACAAGAGAUGGGAGAUAUGGUUGCUCACAAGCGGAAGAGGCUGCCAGCUCCAUCUCGAAAGACGCCAUGACACAAGGAAUGCAUACGAAUGUUCCCGAAGGCAUAUUAUAUGUGCAGUAGAUACAAAUUUUGGCGGAGAUGCUUCGACAUAUGCAACACGAGAGCAGCUGCUGUUAUGUUACAUAAAAGUAGAGGAAGACUAGACCUAUAUACAGAUGUCCCGUCGUCGAUCUGAGAUCGCUUGGA